AAUUACCAGGGGGAAAGUAACAAUAGCAACAAUAAGCAAAAUAGCAAACGAUCGUGAGGUCCAUUUGGUGAUAAGGACGAUUUUCUACCGCCGUAGUUGAGUUGUUGUUUGCCGAGCGGUUUGUAGGUUCAGUAAGGCGAAAAUACUCAUCGAGAUCAGUGCACAUCUCUCCCGGGAAGAGAAGGAACCACCACAGCUUUUCAGUGUCGAAAAUGGUGUUAUGUCAUAUCCGUGCGUCUCUGCGGCUUGGCCAGCUGAUGAAUGUUGCUUCAAAAUCACAUUACGGAUACCAGUGGAGGUUUCUGAGCAGCAGCAGUUUGCUGUUGAAAGAGAGGUUAUAUACUGAUAAACACGAAUGGGUCUCCGUUGAGGGUGAAGUUGGAACGGUUGGCAUUUCGAACUUUGCACAGGAAGCCCUCGGUGAUGUAGUAUUCGCACAACUCCCGGAUGUUGGAACCAAGCUAUCGCAGAAGGACGAGUGCGGUGCGCUGGAGAGCGUGAAAGCGGCCAGUGAAGUGUACUGUCCGGUGUCCGGAGUGGUUACGGAGAAAAACAGCGCCGUCGAGGAAACUCCCGGUUUGGUCAAUUCUUCCUGCUAUGAAAAUGGAUGGCUAUUCAAACUGAAGCUGACGAAAACGGACGAACUGUCGAAGCUGAUGAACGAGCAACAGUAUGGAGAUUUCCUCAAGAACGACGGACAUUAGCUCUUAUCGGAGCUAAUGUUUGUAGAAGGUCAAAGCUUGUUGGUUGGAACCGAGCAGCUAAUCGAUUGUUGCCAUCAUCUAUGCAUUAGUAACUAGUUGCUACGCCUGAUAAGUCCUAUGUUGAUCGAAUGUUUGUAAUUUAUAAAGUAAACAUAUUUUUAUUGCCAA